AUGGGAGAGAUAAAGCCUUGUAUAAUAAUUGACAUUCCAGAGGAGUUGGAACCUGACUUGAAAAAAACAUGUUGGAUCCAGAGGGUUCCAAGGAAGCUUCGACAGGUAAACGAAGCAGCUUACACUCCCAAACUGAUAUCCAUAGGCCCUUUUCACCAUGGAAAACCAACACUCAAUGUCAUGGAAAACCACAAAACCAAAUAUUACCACAAAUUCUGGGAAAGGGACUUCUGUAAACAUAUUAGGGAGAAGGAUAUUAUCAGAGAUUUCACCGGAGAAGUAACCAAUCGCCGACAACGCAUCCGGAAUAUCUAUGCGGGGACCUUUGAUCAUGUGAAGGACAUGAACCACUUCUUGGAGGUGAUUUUGCGAGACUCCUGCUUCAUCUUCGAGCUCUUCUUGAGAAACUUCGAAAAUCGGCUUCACGAUAAGAAGCCAGAGGAUAUAACUGACUAUAUAUUGAGAACACCAUGGCUGAAGACAAGUAUAAAACUGGACUUGAUAAUGCUGGAAAAUCAGCUACCAUAUUUUGUUUUCACCGAACUAUUCGACUUCAUCCUCGAAAACCAGCCGCAGAAUUUGAAUAACAUCCCUCCUUAUCUAUCCAAAAGCCAAAGUGAAAGUGAACGCCACCAUUUCAUUAUGAAGAUGACCUGCGAAUUCUUCAGUUAUUAUUACUACUCGUAUGGAAAAGUAACAACAUCCAAAUCCCUUGUCUUCAUUGCUGAUUCGUUCGAAUCCGACGAAAUGCAACGCUUCAAGGACAUCAAACAUUUCACUGAUUUGGUCAGGCAGUUCAUGCGUCCAAGUAAUUAUGUUCCUAGUUCUGAACAUGCCAACUGUCGCCAUAGUGCAAAGGAACUAGACAGAGCAGGGGUGGACUUUGUGCCAUGUAGUAACAGGUUCUUAACUGACAUAAAGUUUAAUGAAAAGGGUAACAUAUUGGAGGUCCCUACAUUUGAGGUGACAGACUUCACAGAGUGCCUAAUAAGGAAUGUCAUGGCGUUGGAGCAGUGUCUUUAUCCUUUUGAGGCUCAAAUCUGCAAUUAUAUUUCCCUGCUUGAUCAACUUAUCAACACCGAUGAAGAUGUGAAAUUGCUGGUUAAGAAGAAGGUUGUUGCUAACUGGCUAGGCAGCAAUGAUGCCGUUGCCCACUUGAUUAACACGCUUUGA